AUGUACCGCCCUCGCCAGCUUGUCAUCAACUCGACGCGCCUCAUGGACACCCUGCACAAGACGUGCGUGUGGGGUGCGGCCCACCGGUACGGACCUGGACCCACUCAAACCGGCAUGGCCCGUCUUACCCUCUCGGACGACGACAAGAAGGCGCGCGACUGGUUCGGCGACGAGAUGAGCUCGCUCGGCUGCGACAUCAAGGUAGACACCAUGGGCAACAUGUUCGCCGUGCGUCCGGGAGAGAAGACUGGAGCACCCACGGCUAUCGGUAGUCAUCUCGAUACGCAGCCCACUGGCGGCAGGUACGACGGUAUCCUCGGUGUCCACGCCGCAGUGGAGGCCAUGCGCACCAUCCACGAGAGCGGGUACAAGACCCAAUACCCGAUCGCUGCUGUAAACUGGACCAACGAGGAAGGUGCGCGUUUCCCCAAGUCGCUCCACGGUUCGUCAGUUUGGUCAGGCGACUUUACUGUUGAGAAUGCACACGCCCUCACCGAUGUUGCCGACUCGUCAAUCACGGCUGGGGCAGAACUCGAGAGGAUCGGUUACAAGGGCACGCUCGAAUGCUCGGCAAAGGCCAACCCGCUGGCAGCGCACUUUGAGCUCCACAUCGAGCAGGGACCCAUCCUGGAAAACAACAAACAAACCAUUGGCAUCGUCAACGGUGGUCAAGCGUACAAGUGGUUCAACGUGCGUGUCCACGGCCGUGACUCCCAUGCUGGUACUACCCCGAUGAACCUCCGUGCCGACCCGCUUCUCCUCUCCGCGCGUCUCAUGGUCGCCGCCAACGCCGUUGCCAUCAAGCACGGUGGCUGUGCCACCACCGGCAUCAUGAGCCUCAAGCCCGGUAGCAUCAACACCAUCCCCAACCUGAUCGAUUACACCCUGGACAUUCGUCACCCGGACGACGCGGCGCUGGCAGCCAUGGAGGCCGAUAUCCGUGCUGCGGCCGCAGCGCUCGUAGCUGAGGAGAGCCGAUACAAGUGCACCAUCGAGCUGGACAAGAUCUUUGACUAUGCGGCAACCAAGUUCCACCCAGACUGUAUCGGGGCUGUCCGAACAGCCGCCGAAGCUACGGUCGGUGCUGACAUGGCGCGGGAGAUUGUCAGUGGCGCCGGUCACGACUCAUGCGCUACAUCCAAGCACUGCCCAACCUCGAUGGUGUUCAUCCCCUGCGAGGAGGGCCUGUCGCACAACCCCCGUGAAUACGCCACCCCUGAAGACUGUGCCCUUGGAGCGCAGGUUGUGAUGGAUGCGGCCCUUCUGUUCGACUCGCGCCGGCAAAAGUGA